AUGGCCCUCUCUACCAAGCUUGCAGGUCGAGCACCUGUCCUAUUGCGACAUGGCCGACGACUGCCCAUUGCCCGGAGGCCACUCACCACAGCGAGUCUCCGGGCUCCCUCACAGCUUCUCGCCUCUACUCGAAAAGCUGGUUUCUCUCAACAGAGGAAUUUCUCUGUCACCGCCCUCUGCUCUACGGGAAGUGUAGCUACUUCUCAAGAGGCGCCAAAUCCGAAAGCCUACUUGGAGAGCGGCGUCAUAAAACCGAGAGACGUCGUGGAUGUCAAGAAGGUGUUGGUCAUUGGUAGUGGUGGUUUAGCCAUUGGACAGGCUGGAGAGUUCGACUACUCAGGAUCUCAAGCGCUCAAGGCUCUUAAGGAGGCCGGUGUAGCAUCUGUUCUUAUAAACCCUAAUAUUGCUACUAUCCAGACCAACCACGUCCUCGCUGACGAAGUAUACUACCUCCCUGUCACUCCCGAGUAUGUAUCUUACGUUAUUGAAAGGGAACGGCCUGAUGGUAUCUUCCUGUCAUUUGGUGGACAGACUGCGCUGAACUUGGGUGUGCAAAUGCAGCGUAUGGGUAUAUUAGAGCGAUAUGGCGUCAAGGUUCUUGGCACCAGCGUUCAUACCUUGGAGUUGAGUGAGGACAGAGAUUUAUUCGCCAAGGCCCUUAACGAGAUUGACAUUCCAAUUGCCAAGUCAAUUGCCGUUGGCACCGUCGACGAUGCUAUAGAUGCUGCUUCUAAGGUCGGAUACCCCAUCAUCGUUCGCGCUGCCUAUGCGCUAGGAGGUUUAGGCUCCGGCUUUGCCAAUAACGAGGAAGAACUUCGCAAUAUGGCAGCCCGCUCUUUGACCCUCUCGCCGCAGAUCCUCGUCGAAAAGUCGUUGAAAGGUUGGAAAGAAGUUGAAUAUGAAGUCGUCCGUGAUGCAAACAACAACUGUAUUACUGUCUGCAACAUGGAAAAUUUCGACCCCUUAGGAACUCAUACGGGUGACUCAAUUGUCGUUGCGCCUAGUCAAACACUCAGCGACGAGGAAUACCACAUGCUUCGAUCCGCCGCUAUCAAAAUCGUCCGCCACCUUGGUGUUGUUGGCGAAUGUAAUGUCCAAUAUGCCCUUCAGCCGGAUGGCCUCGAUUACAGGGUGAUUGAGGUCAAUGCCCGUCUUUCCCGUUCAUCUGCCCUUGCCUCGAAGGCUACAGGUUACCCUCUGGCGUAUACUGCAGCGAAGAUUGGUCUGGGACACAGUUUGCCUGAGCUACCAAAUGCUGUUACCAAAACUACCACUGCCAACUUUGAGCCUUCCCUCGACUAUAUCGUAACAAAGAUCCCUCGUUGGGACUUGGCAAAGUUCCAGCACGUCAAGCGUGAUAUCGGCAGUGCCAUGAAGUCUGUUGGUGAGGUGAUGGCUAUUGGCCGCACUUUUGAAGAGUCAUUCCAAAAAGCUAUUCGUCAAGUCGAUCCUAAGUUCCUCGGCUUUCAAGGUGACAAAUUUGACGACCUCGACUAUGAACUCUCGCACCCGACAGACCGUCGAUGGUUGGCUGUUGGCCAGGCAAUGCUCCAUGAGGGUUACUCGGCUGAAAAGAUCCACGAACUCAGCAAAAUUGAUAAGUGGUUUUUGUACAAGCUUCAAAACCUCGUUGACUGCACUAAGGAAAUGGAAGCUGUUGGUAGCUUAGAGGGUCUGAAACGAGACCUUAUUCUUAAGGCUAAAAAGAUGGGUUUCUCUGAUAAGCAGAUUGCGAACGCCGUUAAGAGCAAUGAAGAUUCAGUCCGCGCUCUUCGAUUAAGUAUGGGUAUUCGACCUUGGGUUAAGAAGAUCGAUACCUUAGCCGCCGAAUUCCCAGCUGACACCAACUACCUGUAUACCACUUACAACGCCAGCUCCCACGACGUAACGUUCGAGGAUAAGGGUACUGUAAUCCUUGGUAGUGGUGUGUACAGAAUCGGUAGCUCAGUUGAAUUCGACUGGUGUGCCGUCAGUGCUACCCUUGCUUUGAGGAACAUGGGCGAGAAGACUGUCAUGAUCAACUACAACCCCGAAACUUAUUCGACUGACUUUGAUACGGCUGACAAAUUGUAUUUCGAAGAACUCAGCUACGAGAGGGUUAUGGAUAUCUACGAACUUGAAAAUGCCUCUGGCGUUGUUGUUUCUGUCGGUGGCCAGCUUCCGCAGAACAUUGCUCUGCGUCUCCAGGAGACCGGCAAGGCGAAUGUUCUUGGAACUGACCCUAAGGAUAUCGACAAGGCCGAGGAUCGACAAAAGUUCUCUGAGAUUCUGGAUAGCAUCGGAGUUGACCAGCCUGCUUGGAAGGAAUUGACUUCCGUGGCUGAAGCUGAGAAGUUUGCUGACCAGGUUGGCUACCCUGUCUUGGUCCGUCCUAGCUACGUUCUCUCAGGUGCUGCUAUGACUGUUAUUCGAAGCCACGAAGAUCUGAAGGACAAGUUAGAGGCUGCCAGCAAUGUUUCUCCAGACCACCCUGUGGUUAUCACUAAGUUCAUUGAGGGUGCGGAAGAGAUUGACGUCGACGGUGUUGCCCACCAAGGUAGCCUGCUCAUUCACGCCAUUAGCGAGCACGUCGAACAUGCAGGUGUUCACUCUGGUGACGCUACAUUGGUCCUCCCUCCUGUAAACUUAGACGACAGGACUAUGGAACGCCUUAAGGAGAUCGUCCAGAAGGUUGCGAAGGCGUGGAGCAUCACUGGUCCGUUCAACAUGCAAAUAAUCAAGGCUGAUAACCCUGAAGGCGGAGAGCCAGCACUGAAGGUUAUCGAGUGUAACCUUCGAGCUUCUAGAUCUUUCCCCUUCGUCAGUAAGGUGCUCGGUACCAACUUCAUUGAUGUUGCAACCAAGGCUCUCGUUGGCAAGAACGUUCCUGACCCUACCGAUCUCAUGUCUGUCAAGAGGGAUUACCUCGCUACCAAGGUCCCUCAAUUCUCGUGGACUCGUCUCGCUGGUGCUGAUCCGUUCCUGGGCGUCGAAAUGUCUAGCACAGGAGAGAUGGCCUGCUUCGGUAAGGACCUUGUCGAGGCCUACUGGGCAUCUCUCCAGUCCGCCAUGAACUUCCGCGUACCUGAGCCUGGUGAGGGUAUCCUCCUUGGUGGCGAGACCUCAAAGACUUGGCUCACCCAGGUCGUCGACUACCUUUCUCCCCUCGGCUACAAGUUCUAUGCUGCUGACGAGAAUGUCAAGCAGUUCAUCGAGUCUACUACUAAGGACAAGGUCACCGUGGAGGUCAUUGAAUUCCCCAAGGAGGACAAACGAGCCCUUCGCGAAGUCUUCCAGAAGUAUGACAUCCAAGGAGUUUUCAACCUGGCUCUGGCCCGAGCUAAGACUACUAUGGAUGUCGACUACGUAAUGCGUCGAAAUGCUGUCGACUUUGGCGUCCCGCUGUUCAUGGAGCCUCAGACCGCGGUGCUCUUCGCCCAAUGCAUGAGCGAGAAGCUUCCCCGCAAGGAAGGCAUCCCGUCCGAGGUCCGCCGGUGGUCCGAAUUCUUGGGCGGCAAGCCCUUGUAA